UAUUGGAAAUUUGGUUAUAGAAGGGUUAAAAGAUUGAGUAUAAAUCUCAUCGCACUCAAUUUGUAAAACAACAGAAGUUCACUUUUGAGUGUUUUGAUUGCAUUUUACUCAUAAUUCACGUUUAUCUACCAAACACCGUACAUUUUUAUAGUUCACAUUUAUUUCGCUUAUCAGUUUGAUCGUUAAACGAAUAUGUCUCCUGAUCUAUCAAAUAAAUUAAUACUCGUUACUGGAGCUGGGAAAGGUAUCGGUUAUGCGCUUUGUAAGUUCUUAGUCAAUUGUGGUGCCAAUGUUAUCGCAUUGGCACGAGAUGCUGAGCAGCUAUCAAAGCUCAAGGGCGAAUGCUCGAACAUUAAAACCAUAAACGUUGAUCUCAGAAACUGGGAUGCGACACGUGAGUGUUUAUCCAAAGUACCACCACUGGAUGGUCUUGUCAACAACGCGGGCGUUGCUAUAAUUAAACCAUUUGAAGAAUUAACCAAAGAAGAUUUUGAUAGCACUUUUGAUGUAAAUAUUAAAGCUGUUUUUAAUGUUACUCAAGCGCUUUCUCCAAAACUUAAAGAUAAUGCCAGUAUUGUGAUGGUUUCUUCGCUAGCUGCGUCACGUUCAUUUCAAGGUCAUAGCGUGUACAGUGCAACAAAAGCAGCUAUUGAUUCAUUGACACAAUCAUUGGCAUUAGAAUUAGGCCCACGCAAUAUACGUGUAAAUUCUGUUAAUCCCACAGUAGUGCUAACAGAUAUGGGUCGUGAAAAUUGGUCCGAUCCGAAGAAAUCCGGUCCACUUCUGAAUCAUAUACCAUUACGUCGCUUUUGUGAAGUCAAUGAAGUAACUGAUGCAAUAAGCUAUUUACUCAGUAGUAACUCCAGUUUCAUAAAUGGCCAUCAUCUUAACUUGGAAGGCGGUUAUUCAGUUUCUUAGUGCAAUUAAAAGUUUGUAAUUUUAUUUUCUAUUCUCAACUUUAUUUUUAAAUUUAAUAAAAUAUUAAGCAAAUA